AUUCACCUCUGCAGGGACCGACGGUGCCCAUACAUAACCUCACUUUAUUGUCGCUUUAUAUCCCAAAGAGCCCUGCGGGGACCCGUCACUCCUCGUCAUGUUUAUAUAGUAAGCUAUAAUCAUUACAUUUACCCCGGAUCGAUUUCUUUUCUUCUUUUUUUUUUCUUAAAAAAAAAACAAACAAAAAAAAAACAGCCUUCUUCGUGUCUCUGCGACGUGCGUCAUUGGCGCGCGUUAUAGACGCAAAGGCGCAAUUUUGUAGCCCACCUCUUUUUAUACACCCGAGCAGCAGCAGCAGCAGCGGCAGCGGCAGCGGAGGAGGAGGAGGAGGAGGAGAGGCGGGUCGCUCGGCACUUGGAAUAAACAUCGUCGCGGUAUUACUGCCCCUCUGUCCGUCUUUAUUAUUAGCGCUUCGCUCCGCCCUCCUACCUGUAAAUCUCCCCGCUCUCCUCUGGAGCGGAUCUCACAGGCGCUCUCAGCUGGCCGCUCCGUGCCAGGGCUGCUGCAAGGGGGGGGGAAAACACCGAAUGGAGACGGUGACAUCCACCCGAGCGCUCGUCCUUUUUUACGCAGAACUGACAAACGAAAUCGCGCGCAAGAACAUGUAGUCUUCGGCACUGCGGCGGCGACAGCUGAGUGUAGAUUCAAAUUUGAUACCUUCCCGUGUGUGUGUGUGUGUGCGCGUGUGUGUGUGUCAUUUAUUUAUUUGUUGUUGCGAAGCCGUCACAGUCGAUUGGCGCUUUAAAGAAAGUGAAAUCGCUUCUCCGGGGGGAUCCCUGGAUGGAAGACGGCUGAGGGAAAGGAGGUUCGCAGGGGCUGGGAACGUUUCCUCGCCGUCGCUGUGCGCACCGACGGGGCCCCCCCUCGCACCGCCGGCAGCCGCGCCAGGCUGCACACGACGCCGUCUCUUGCCAUGGCCGUUGGCACGAAAGAGCCAGAGAAGCCCUCAGACUGAGAGAGCGCCUCGCCUGUUCGCCGUUACUGCGGAUUUAAAUGCCUCUCUCCAAGGGCCACCGACCCGCUGUUUCAAGUCCGGUUCGCGCGUGCGGUGCCUCGCGCCGUCACGAACAGACAAUUCAUAGGCUGCUAGAAUAAAAUUUAAAAAAAAAAAAAAAAAAAAAAGGGGGAGAGAAAAAAAAAAAAAAAGAAACACACAAGAAGAGACUCCAUCGGGUUGGGCGAGCGUAAAUCUACAGCGAAGAGGGGGAUCUUUUUUCUUCCAAGCAAUAUGGCUGGUGAGUGGGGCUGGGGACGCUGGCACAGGCUCUCCAAGACUCCUAAAUGCUAGCUGAGGCCGAUGGCACCGUUCCCCAUGGAAGCGACAGCUCUAUGAGGACAAGCAAUAUCAUUAAUAAUAUCAAUCCGGACUCUUCAAUCUUAAUAUCCAAGAUGGAAGACGUUGUCAUCCCGUUCUCGUCCGAGGUGCCCUGCGACAAUAAUGGACAGCGCAUGUGGUGGGCAUUCCUCGCCUCCUCCAUGGUGACGUUUUUUGGGGGUCUCUUCAUCAUCCUGCUAUGGAGGACCCUUAAAUAUCUGUGGACUGUUUGCUGCCACUGCAACAUCAAAACCAAGGAGGCUCAGAAGGUGAACAACCCCGCCAACAACCAGGCAGCGGACAGACCAAAGACCGGCGAUGAGAAGGACCAGGAGGCCCCGGCCAGCGAGGUGGGAUGGAUGACUUCGGUCAAAGACUGGGCCGGUGUCAUGAUCUCCGCUCAGACGCUCACCGGCAGAGUUCUGGUGGUGUUAGUGUUUGCGCUCAGCAUCGGGGCCCUUGGGAUAUACUUUAUAGACUCCUCAGAUCCUAUAGAAUCCUGCCAGAACUUCUACAAAGAUUUCACGUUACAGAUCGAUAUGGCCUUCAACGUCUUCUUCCUUCUCUACUUUGGCCUGCGGUUCAUAGCAGCCAACGAUAAGCUGUGGUUCUGGCUGGAGGUCAACUCAGUGGUCGACUUCUUCACUGUUCCUCCCGUGUUUGUCUCUGUCUACUUAAACAGAAGCUGGCUCGGUUUACGAUUCCUGAGAGCGCUAAGAUUGAUACAGUUCUCGGAAAUCUUACAGUUUUUGAAUAUCUUGAAAACAAGCAAUUCCAUCAAGCUGGUGAACCUGUGUUCCAUCUUCAUAAGCACAUGGCUCACAGCUGCUGGAUUCAUACAUUUGGUGGAAAACUCAGGGGAUCCUUGGGAAAACUUCCAGAAUUCCCAGUCACUUUCCUACUGGGAAUGUGUCUAUUUGCUGAUGGUGACGAUGUCUACGGUGGGCUACGGGGAUGUCUAUGCAAAAACCACCUUGGGGCGCCUGUUCAUGGUCUUCUUCAUCCUCGGUGGUUUGGCCAUGUUUGCCAGCUACGUCCCUGAAAUCAUAGAGUUAAUAGGAAACCGCAAGAAAUAUGGUGGUUCCUAUAGUGCGGUUAAUGGGAGAAAGCAUAUUGUGGUCUGUGGUCAUAUUACCCUCGAAAGUGUCUCCAACUUCCUCAAAGACUUCCUACACAAGGACAGGGAUGAUGUCAAUGUUGAAAUUGUUUUUCUCCAUAAUAUUUCCCCUAAUCUUGAGCUGGAAGCCUUGUUCAAACGUCAUUUUACCCAAGUAGAAUUCUACCAGGGAUCUGUUCUCAACCCUCACGAUCUCGCCAGAGUGAAGAUCGAGUCAGCAGAUGCCUGCCUAAUCCUAGCCAACAAAUAUUGUGCAGAUCCUGAUGCUGAAGACGCCUCCAACAUCAUGAGGGUUAUUUCGAUCAAGAAUUACCAUCCUAAGAUCAGAAUAAUCACACAAAUGCUACAAUAUCACAACAAGGCCCAUCUGCUCAACAUUCCAAGCUGGAACUGGAAGGAGGGCGAUGAUGCUAUCUGCCUGGCGGAGCUGAAGGCAGGCUUCAUCGCCCAGAGCUGUCUGGCCCAAGGCCUGUCCACCAUGCUUGCCAACCUCUUCUCCAUGAGGUCCUUCAUUGAGAUUGAAGAGGACACAUGGCAGAAGUAUUACCUAGAAGGAGUGGCUAAUGAGAUGUACACAGAGUAUCUGUCCAGUGCCUUUGUGGGCCUCUCCUUCCCCACUGUCUGUGAGCUGUGUUACGUGAAGCUGAAGCUGUUGCUUAUUGCCAUCGAAUACAAGUCUGAGCAGAGAGAGAGCAGAAGCCGAAAGCGCAUUCUCAUCAACCCGGGCAACCAUGUCAAGAUGCAGGAGGGAACACUGGGCUUCUUUAUCGCCAGUGAUGCCAAAGAAGUAAAGAGGGCAUUUUUCUACUGCAAAGCUUGUCACGAUGACAUCACAGACCCUAAGCGGAUCAAGAAGUGUGGCUGCAAACGACUGAUUUAUUCCAAGAUGUCCGUCUACAAACGAAUGAAACUGGCAUGUUGUUUUGAUUGCGGCCGUUCAGAGCAAGACUGCUCUUGCAUGUCAGGCAGUGUACAUAGUAACAUGGACACCCUUCAGAGGGCCUACCCACUUUCCUCUGUCUCUGUUCAUGAUUGCGCAACCACUUUACGUGCCUCCAAAUAUAAGUAUAAUGGAUAUGUCAGAUCACCAGCAGAUGGCGCUACAACACCAGGGAACAUUGGGAGUCAGAAAGAGGCUGGCGUUCGAUUCAAAGCUGAUUGCAAUUUAGUCGAAGACGAGCAUCCAUCGACUCUCUCGCCCAAAAAAAAGCAGCGCAACGGAGGGAUGCGAAACUCACCCAACUGCUCGCCCAAAAUGAUGAGUCGACACGACCCCCUUCUUAUUCCUGGGAACGAGCAAAUCGAGAACAUGGACAUGAACGUGAAGAGGUAUGACUCGACAGGGAUGUUUCACUGGUGCCCAUCAAAGGAGAUCGAAAAAGUCAUCCUGACCCGGAGCGAAGCCUCCAUGACAGUGCUGAGCGGCCAUGUGGUGGUCUGUAUAUUUGGGGAUGUCACGUCCGCUUUAGUGGGGCUGCGAAACUUGGUGAUGCCUUUAAGAGCCAGCAACUUCCAUUACCACGAGCUAAAGCCAAUUGUUUUUGUGGGCUCGCUGGACUACCUGCGAAGAGAGUGGGAAACUUUACACAACUUCCCCAAGGUCUCCAUAUUACCUGGUACACCAUUAAGUCGGGCAGAUUUAAGGGCUGUCAACAUCAACCUCUGCGACAUGUGCGUAAUACUGUCAGCCAAUCAGAACAAUAUCGAAGAUGCCUCACUGCAGGAUAAGGAAUGCAUCUUGGCAUCACUCAACAUCAAAUCUAUGCAGUUUGAUGACAGCAUCGGGGUCUUACAGGCUAAUUCCCAAGGUUUCACGCCUCCUGGAAUGGACAGGUCAUCUCCAGACAGCAGUCCAGUACAUGGCUUUGUGCGUCAGGCUUCUGUCACCACCGGAUCCAACAUCCCCAUCAUCACGGAACUAGUGAACGACUCAAACGUUCAGUUCCUGGACCAAGAUGAUGAUGACGACCCAGACACAGAGCUGUACCUCACUCAGCCCUUCGCCUGCGGCACCGCCUUCGCUGUCAGUGUACUCGACUCCCUGAUGAGUGCGACGUACUUCAACGAUAACAUCCUCACGCUGAUUCGGACGCUGGUCACAGGGGGAGCCACACCAGAGCUGGAGGCCCUGCUGGCUGAGGAGAACGCUCUCAGAGGAGGCUACAGCACACCGCAGACGCUGGCCAACAGAGACAGGUGUCGCGUCGCCCAGCUAGCCCUCUACGACGGGCCAUUUGCCGACUUGGGGGAUGGCGGCUGCUACGGAGAUUUAUUUUGCAAGGCACUGAAGACGUACAACAUGCUGUGUUUUGGAAUCUACAGAUUAAGAGACGCUCACAUGACUGUACCAAGCCAGUGUACAAAACGGUAUGUGAUCACGAACCCACCGUAUGAGUUUGAGCUCGUGCCCACAGACCUGAUCUUCUGCCUCAUGCAGUUCGACCACAACGCAGGCCAGUCCCGGACAAGCUUGUCCCACUCGUCUCACUCCUCCCAUUCCUCCAGCAAAAAGAGCUCCUCAGUCCACUCCAUCCCGCCCUCCAACCGGCAGAACCGCAGCAGUAAGACCCGGGAGGCCCGCGACAAACAGAAUGCUACAAGGAUGAAUAGAAUGGGCCAAGAAAAGAAAUGGUUUACAGAUGAACCAGAAAAUUCCUACCCACGGAACAUUCAGAUCAAGCCCAUGAGCACUCACAUGGCCAACCAAGUCAACCAAUACAAAUCCACUAGUAGUCUGAUUCCACCAAUCAGAGAAGUUGAAGAUGAAUGCUGAACACAGGGUUUUCUUGCUGACUCACCAGACAUCUGUACGCUCUUUCAAAGGAGAUGGGAAGAGAUCACCCUUGGAGGAGUGAUGGUGAUGAUGAUGAUGAUGAUGAUAUGAUGAUGAUGAUGAGGAUGAUGGGGAUAGGGAUGUUGAAGACUGGAACAUUUCUCUUCACUCAUUCUUCUAAUCGAGGGUUGGACAGGAACCCAAACUGGAAGGGACCUCUUAUGUGUAUACCUUUAAUGUUACUUCCAUGCUCUUGGACAUUGUUUUAUUUAUUAAUGUAUCCAUAGUGAUGUACAUAAUGACAAUCAAAUAAGGAUUGUACAGCCCCUUCCCCCCUAGCACUUUUUGGAAUUAUUUUAAGAGAUGACAGAAAAAAAAAAAGAGUACUUCCUGUAAUUCUUUGCAAUAGUUCACCUCUUCGUGUGACCAGACUCCAUGGCUAAGGUGGCUGGUUAUCGGAGGAUGAGGGUUGCAGCGAUAAACUGAUCAUAUCAUCACCCAAAGAUCCGCCCAGGUGCGUCGCGUCAAAAGCAGCUGGGCUCGUCGGCUUCAUAUCCCUCCCCCCCCCCGUCCGCUUCUGUUCUAUUUGCACUAAAAAAAAAAAAAAAAACACUGAACAAGUUUCUUUUGACAGAACAACUGGAACCAUCAGAUUCCCCCUCAAUAAAACGACGCCGAGGAGAUGAAGAAGUGAAGGAAGGAAAGGGAAGGAUGGAGGGAGGGAGGGCUGCUUGGCUUUUCAGGAGGCAUACUAAUCGCGUUCUUAGGUUGUGUUACAUCACGUCAUUGCUUAAGGUUUGCUGCUUCACCUGUUGACUCGUCAUGCAGUGAGAGCAUUCCAGUCCUGCAGAACAAAACCAUCUUGCAAAACAGUAGUCUGAAAAAAACAAAAAAA